UCAUAUUCUCUGGUGGAGUUUUGAUAUUGAUCGAAAACCAGAAAAGGCUUAGACUGGUCCGGCCGGGAAUAAGGCCGGGAAUCGAUGAAUACCGGGUUUGGGAGAAUGGGAGAACCAAUUAAUUUGUUUGGGUGGCAAUUCAACGAAAAGUAUAAAACCACAUGAAAUAGGGGGUUGAGGAGGAUACUGUUGGAUGGAAGAAAGGGACAGAAGAAAACCUUAUUAGGCGGCAAGAAAAAUGAAUCUAAAUCCAAUGAGCGGUAAGUACUUCGUUUUCAGGGUACCAUCAGAUAUAAGGAAACCCAGAGUGGAUCACAUUUUCAUGAGAGGGAGAGAUUAUUGGAUGUCAGGUGUAGAUGCUGAGGGGCGGCGAAGAUCAUCAGCCGAAUCUGUAUAUGAAGAGGUGGUGCCUCUUUUUGAAUGGAAUCAGGACUCCACUGCUCAUUAUUGGCUUUUUCUUCAUCUUCCAGGUUCCAAUAUAGGAAGUGGUUCAGAAGAGAGGAUGUUAGAGUGGAAGUUAAAGCUAAUGGCCUCAUAAAGAUUGGUGGGGAAAAGAAUGUAAAUGGGACAAAGUUUAUCUGGUUUGAGCAAUUCUAUAAAGCACCACAAAAUUCAAAACCUGAAGAUAGCAAGAUUGAGCUGGUAGAUGGCGUUUUAAAAUUAACCAUCCCAAAGCUGGCUGAAAAAGUUCAUGCUGCUACCCCUGCCAAGUCACCCAUAGAUGAAGAUGAUUCAACUCGGGAUAAGGGCAAAAAUGUGAAUGGCAGUGGUGAUUAUUAUCAUAGCCAUAGUAGUGUCAAAAGUACAAUUGAAAAUGCUCCAGCUGCUGCCCCUGCCAAGACACCCGAGGAUGAAGGCGAUCGGAAUCAUGAUAAGGGCAAAAUGGUCAAUGGAAAUGGUGAAUGCCCUAACAAGAGUGAAGUUAGAUCAAGUGAAGAAGAACAUUGGGAUGUUGCUGCCAAUGGUGAAAAAAAGUCCUGCAAUUGUUUGGCGAAAAUCGCAAACAAGUUGAAAAAUAACAUGGAAAUUUUCCUUGUAGCUAUUCUUGCCUUUUCUGUAGGUGUUUUAGUGUCCCAUAAUAAACUUAGAAGAGCAAACACUAAUGAAAAGGUAUUGGCUAAACUUGAUAACCAAAAUCAUAGUGAGAAAUUAAGUCCAUGAUAGAGAAAUAUUACAUGACCCCAUCCUUAGAGAGUUAGAGAAAUAUUUGGUAACUAAUAAUACUGUUUCUAUAGAAAUAUUGUGAUAACGUAUAACUUGAUUGACGCAUAAAAAUGAUUGUCAUUUG